AAAUCGCGCAGCGUUUUGUCGGCCAUUUUUGUUGUUUGCUGCCCGAAACGUUCUGUUCAUUUUUACCUUAAAGAUAUUUUUCUAGUUUUUAAGUGACCCACACCGCAGGGGAACUAGCCCUUGCAGACAUGUCGGACUUCAUCGAGAGCGAGGCAGAGGAGUCUGAGGAGGAGUUUGAGGAGAAGGAUCUGAAGCCCAAGAAGACUCAACGGUUUAUGGAAGAUGAUGAUGAUGAGGAAGAGGAGAACACAGAGGAUCAAGAUGAACAUGGGAACCUGAGAGGACUUAUUGAUGAUGGCAAUGAGGAGGAGGAGGAAGAAGAGGAGGAGGAGAAUAGAAGCGGAGGAGGUGACAGCGAUUCUGGAGAGGAGGUCCGACAUCGUCGCCGGAAGCGUGAUUAUGAUGACGUUCUGGAUGAUGAUGAUCUGGACCUUAUUGAAGAGAACUUGGGGGUUAAAAUGAAGAGGAAAAAGAAGUACUCGCGUGUGAGAACAAUGGACGACGAUGAUGAUGAUGAGAAAGACCAGAUUGCAGACGAGAUCUUUACUAGGGAUGGUGAUGGAGACGGGGAUGAAGUUGGAGAUGGUGGAGAACCACUGCACCCAGGGGAGGAUGAUGAGGAAGAAGAGGGAGAGGAAUCAGAUAUAGAUGAUUUCAUUGUGGGUGAUGAUGGACAGCCCAUCACCAAAAAGAAGGGAAAGAAAUUUACUGGCUAUACUGAUGCUGCUUUACAAGAGGCCCAAGAAAUUUUUGGUGGUGACUUUGACUUUGCUGAGUUUGACCCUGAGGCAUACGAUCAUGCUGAGGAGGAAGAGGAGGAUCAGGAAGAUGAAGCGUGGGAGCGACCAAAGAAGCAGACAAAGAGGAGAGUGGGCCGCCGCAGCAUCUUUGAGAUCUACGAGCCCAGUGAGCUGGAGAGCAGCCACAUGACUGACCAAGACAAUGAAAUACGUUCCACAGAUAUGCCCGAGAGGUUCCAGUUGCGCACUAUACCUGUGAAGCCUGCAGAGGAUGAUGAACUAGAAGAAGAGGCUGAAUGGAUCUACAGAAAUGCUUUCUCUACACCAACUAUCUCCAUGCAGGAGAGCACCGACUAUCUGGACCGUGGAACCACCACUAACUUUAGCAGGAGAGGCCCAAGUACCAUUGCUAAGAUCAAGGAGGCGCUCAACUUUAUGAGGAACCAACACUUUGAGGUUCCUUUCAUUGCCUUCUACAGGAAGGAAUAUGUGGAACCAGAGCUCAACAUUAAUGAUCUGUGGAAGGUGUGGCAGUGGGAUGAGAAGUGGACCCAGCUGAGGACACGUAAGCAGAACCUAACCAGGCUUUUCCAGAGAAUGCAGUCAUAUCAGUUUGAACAGAUCUCAGCUGACCCUGAUAAGCCACUGGCUGAUGCUAUUCGUCCGCUGGACACAGCCGACAUGGAAAGGCUAAAAGAUGUCCAGUCUAUAGAAGAGCUGAGCGACGUGUACCACCACUUCUUGCUCUAUUAUGGACGAGACAUUCCCAAGAUGCAGAAUGCGGUCAAAGUCACCAAGAAAAAGCUGAAGAAGGUCAAAGAAAUGUCAGAAGAAGAUGGUGAGGAUGCUGAGGUGGAAGAGGAGGAAGAAGAGGAAGAGGAGCAAAAGGGGCCAGAUCUGAAGCAAGCCUCUCGGAGAGACAUGUACAGCAUCUGCCAGGCUGCAGGACUUGAUGGACUGGCGAAGAAGUUUGGUCUCACUCCUGAGCAGUUUGGUGAAAACUUGCGUGACAGUUACCAGCGACACGAGACUGAGCAGUUCCCUGCAGAGCCAUUGGAGCUGGCCAAGGACUAUAUAUGCAGCCAGUUUAAUACACCAGAAACUGUUCUCGAGGGCACACGCUACAUGGUAGCCAUGCAAAUUGCCCGUGAGCCUCUGGUCAGACAUGUCCUGAGACAGACCUUCCAGGAAAGGGCCAAGAUCAACAUCAAGCCCACUAAGAAGGGCAAGAAGGAUGUAGAUGAGGCACACUAUGCAUAUUCCUUCAAAUACUUAAAGAACAAGCCUGUGAAAGAGCUAAGUGGCGAUCAGUUCCUGAAGAUGUGUUUGGCAGAAGAUGAAGGACUACUCACUAUUGACAUUAGCAUUGACUUGGUUGGAGUUAAAGGGUAUGGAGGUGAUCAGACCUACUUUGAUGAGAUAAAGCAGUUCUACUACAGAGAUGAGUUCAGUCACCAGGUGCAAGAAUGGAAUAAACAGAGAACACUGGCCAUUGAACGUGCCCUCCAGCAGUUCCUUUAUCCUCAGAUGGCCAAGGAGCUGAAGAAUAAACUUAUUGCUGAGGCCAAGGAAAAUAUCAUCAAGUCAUGCUGCAGGAAACUAUAUAACUCGCUGAAGGUGGCUCCAUAUAGACCAGACCAGCAGGUGGAGGAGGAUGAUGACCUAAUGGAUGACACUCAAGGCAAAGGCAUUCGCGUCUUGGGAGUGGCCUUUGCUUCCAGCAGAGACACGCCUGUAUUCUGUGCUCUAAUCAACGGCGAAGGGGAAGUUGUGGAUUUCCUCAGACUUCCUUACUUCUUAAAAAGGAGGAAUGCAUGGAGGGAGGAGGAACGGGAGAAAAAGCUUCAGGACAUUGAAAACCUCAAGAAGUUUCUUCUCAGUAAGAAACCCCAUGUAGUGGCUGUUGCUGGUGAAAAUCGUGAUGCUCACAUGCUGAUGGAAGACAUCAAGCGCACAGUCAGUGAGUUGGAGCAAGACUCGUCUCUGCCCACCGUGGGAGUCGAGCUGGUGGACAACGAGUUAGCCACGCUGUAUAUGAAUAGCAGAAAAUCUGAGGCGGACUUUAGGGACUACCCUCCGGUUCUUCGCCAGGCUGUUUCCGUGGCUCGCAAGAUUCAGGACCCGCUGGUGGAGUUUGCUCAGGUGUGCAGCAGCGAUGAGGACAUCCUAUGCCUUAAACUGCAUCCUCUACAGGAGCAUGUUGUAAAGGAGGAGUUGCUCAGUGCACUUUACUGUGAGUUUAUUAACCGUGUGAACGAAGUUGGUGUAGAUGUGAACAGGGCCAUUGCUCAUCCUUACAUGCAGAGCCUGGUUCAAUAUGUCUGUGGCUUGGGACCAAGAAAAGGCUCACAUCUGCUUAAGAUUCUUAAACAAAACAACACUCGUUUGGAAAACCGGACGCAGUUGGUCACAAUGUGCCAUAUGGGACCUAAAGUGUUUAUUAACUGCGCUGGAUUCAUCAAAAUUGACACCGCUUCCCUCGGAGACAGCACCGACUCCUACAUUGAGGUUCUAGAUGGAUCUCGUGUUCAUCCUGAGACGUACGAAUGGGCUCGUAAAAUGGCAGUGGAUGCCCUGGAGUAUGAUGAGUCAGCAGAAGAUGCAAAUCCUGCAGGAGCUUUGGAGGAGAUCCUGGAGAACCCAGAGAGGCUAAAGGACCUGGACCUGGAUGCAUUUGCUGAGGAGUUGGAGAGACAGGGCUAUGGCAAUAAGGGAAUCACACUGUAUGAUAUCCGUGCUGAGCUCAGUUGUAGGUAUAAAGACCUGCGAGCCCCAUACAGACCACCCAACACAGAGGAGGUCUUUAACCUGCUCACUAAGGAGACUCCUGAGACCUUCUAUAUCGGUAAGCUAAUCACCAGUAUCGUAACUGGCAUCGCUCACAGACGACCGCAAGGGGAAAGUUAUGACCAGGCCAUUCGUAAUGAUGAGACUGGACUAUGGCAGUGUCCCUUUUGCCAGCAGGACAACUUCCCUGAGCUCAGCGAAGUCUGGAAUCAUUUUGACAGCGGCUCCUGUCCUGGACAGGCUAUUGGUGUGAGAACUCGUCUAGAUAACGGUGUUAUGGGUUUCAUCCCCACCAAGUUUCUCUCAGACAAGGUGGUUAAGCAUCCAGAAGAGAGGGUCAAGGUUGGCAUGACUGUUCACUGUCGUAUCAUGAAGAUUGACAUUGAGAAGUUCAACGUGGACCUUACCUGUAGGACAUCUGACCUCGGUGACAAGAACAAUGAGUGGAAGCUUCCCAAGGACACCUACUACGACUUUGAUGCUGAAUCUGAGGAUAUCAAACAAGAUGAAGAGCAUAAGAAGAAACAGCAAAGGACCACUUAUAUCAAGCGUGUCAUUGCCCACCCAUCAUUCCACAACAUUAACUUCAAGCAGGCAGAGAAGAUGAUGGAGACAAUGGAUCAGGGUGAUGUCGUGAUCAGGCCGAGCAGUAAAGGGGAGAACCACCUGACUGUCACCUGGAAGGUAGCAGAUGGGAUCUACCAGCAUGUGGACAUACGGGAAGAGGGCAAGGAGAACGCUUUCAGCUUGGGACACACGCUGUGGAUUAACACUGAGGAGUUUGAAGAUCUUGAUGAAAUCACGGCCCGUUAUGUGCAGCCCAUGGCUGCUUUUGCUCGGGAUCUGCUGGGCCACAAGUACUUCCAAGACUGCAACGGUGGAGAUAGGAAGAAAAUGGAAGAGAUCCUCAUAAAGGCAAAGAAAGAGAAGCCCACUUUCAUCCCCUACUUUGUUUCAGCCUGCAGAGACCUGCCUGGAAAAUUCCUCCUAGGAUACCAGCCUAGAGGGAAGCCAAGGAUAGAAUAUGUGACCAUCACUCCAGAUGGGUUCAGGUAUCGCUCCCAAAUAUUCCCCACAGUGAAUGGACUCUUCCGGUGGUUUAAAGACCACUACCAGGAGCCAGUACCAGGAGUAACACCCAGCAGUAGCAGCAGAAUGCGUACGCCAGCAUCUGUGAAUGCAACUCCAGCCAACAUUAACUUUGCAGACCUAACUCGGGCUGUCAAUGCUCUGCCCAGGAAUGUGACAUCACAGAUGUUUAAUGCUAUAGCAGCAGUAACAGGGCAGGGCCAAAAUCCGAACACUACUCCAGCACAGUGGGCCUCGAGCCAGUACGGUUACAGUGGAGGCAGCAGUGCAGGAGGAGGAGGCAGCAGCAGUGCUUAUCACGUGUUUGCAACACCGCAGCAGCCUAUGGCGACACCCAUGAUGACACCCAGCUACUCGUACACUACCCCAGGCCAACAGCAGACCAUGAGUACACCACAGUAUCCCAGCAGCACACCACAGUCCUCCCACAGCCACCACCACCCUUCAUCUACACCAUCGUCAUCCUCCUCGUCAUCAAGGGUUCGGACGCCACAGCCAAAACCAACUGCUCACACAGCUGUGGACUGGGGUAAAAUGGCUGAGCAGUGGCUGCAGGAGAAAGAGGCUGAGAGACGCAAGAAGGCAUCGCGCAUGACACCACGGCCCUCGCCGAGCCCCAUGAUCGAGAGCACACCAAUGUCCAUCGCUGGAGACGCCACGCCACUGCUGGAUGAGAUGGACCGAUAAACGUUAACACAUCCUCAUUGCAAAAACAAAGCCUCCACGUUCAUUUCAUCUCCAUGUCUAUAUCUCAUCAUGCAUUCUUCAUAAUUGCUCAGUCUUUCACUGCUCAGUGUUUCAUUUUGAAAAGAAUCAUUCAGAGCUAGUGAGGCAAACUCUCCAGAAACGAAACUGAUUCAGGAAAUGGACCUGUAGUAAAGUUUCUCUUUUUUCUUUCUUUCUUUUAGAAAGGAGCACAGGUGUGCGCGCUCCUAUUCCUGUUUUUGUUGAGGUUUUAACAAGAGCUUAAAGUUAAGACUCUGAAUUAAAAAACAUGGUGGAUGGGCUCUGUGGCGUUGCUGCUUGUAUUAAGUUGACAGCUGGCUAAUUCAGGUCGGCUUCACAAAAUGGAGAGCUGUUCGGGGUUUUUUUUAUAUAAAAUGCAUCCUAAUAAACCAAACUGACCUGCGGUAUCGGCCUCAAUGCUGUGAUGCACAUGUUGCGAUGGUGUUGAUUACAAGAUGCACUUAAAGCAGUGUUAUUAUUUUAUGCUGUCAAAGACAGCAUUCAGAAGAGACAAGACUGGAAAAGGAGUCUCGAUACCAGUUUCCUCUUUACUGAAAAUCUGCAAGUUUUGAUGCAUAAUGCGUGUAAAGGCUAAUGGUGGGAUAUGUUGUUAUCAGAAGCUUGACUGAUUUACAGCUUAUGUGGGACUUUGAUACUUGUGUUAAAAUUUAUUGUAAUAAUUUCUGAAGAAAUGUUUCAGGGCCAUAAAUGAAAUCAUCCUCUUCCCUAA